AUGUCAGAGGCCCAAGAACUAGCCGAUGCAGAGGAAGCUGCAAGAUGCGGCAACGACAUCGUCCGGGCGGCCGACCGGGGUUUGCUCGGCGCGGUGCGGCACCUGCUGCGGACGGUGCCCGGCGCCGCGGCCGCGAAGGACGACUGGGGCCGGCGCCGCACCGCGCUGCACUGGGCGGCGGGCGAAGGCCACGGGGAGAUCUGCCGGGUGCUGCUGGCGGCGGGGGCCGAGGUCGACGCCAGGACUGACGUGAGUGGUACCCCGCUGCACGAGGCGGCGGACAAGGGCCACGGGGAGAUCUGCCGGGUGCUGCUGGCGGCGGGGGCCCAGGUGGACGCCAGGGACGACAGUGGUGAGACCCCGCUGCAUUGGGCGGUGGCAGAAAGCGGCCAAGUGGAGGUGGUGAACCUUCUCCUUGAGGCGAAAGCCUCCGUCACUGUGAAAGACGACAAAGGCCGGACUCCAUUGGACCAUGCACGAACACAGGGCAAGGAUGAAGUUGUGAAGAUUCUGGAGAGUGCAGCAUGA